UCUUUUGAGCGCGGCUGUUUUUAGUCUGCGUCUCGGAUUCGCUCCCUGACUCGUUCAGUGGCACUUACUGAAGGUAACAAGAACUUUUGAAGGUGACGGUGUCUUCACCCAGUGCUUGUAAUAGAUAUGUUUUCCCGUCUCUUCAUUACGACGACUGUUGUUUAUUUUCUUCUCAGCAGUGGGACAGAAGCCACAAGCCCUGUGAAUGUGAGCGUGACUGUGGAUGUCGUCCCUGUCGCUGGAAGUCUUGAGGUUACCUUGGCAACCUGUACAACUUCUAGAACGAAGCCUGCUGCCGAGGUGUCAUGGAAUUUGGGUGCUUUAUCUGAUUCUGUGAAGGUAUCAACCAACACUGUGAAACAUUUGGAUGGGACGUUCACAGUCGAAAGCAGUCUGAUUGCCACUCCAACUGCACAGAUGAAUCAACAACAUGUCCAGUGUGUGAUCAGACAUGUUGCGAUGAAAGAGGAACUGGAAUUUGAUCACAAGAUCAUUGUGCACUAUCCACCUCAGCUUGUCUUUGUGACACCUUUCAAGAAUCUCUCUAAUGCUGAGGUGUAUCAGUGUCAGGCUGAUGCCAAUCCUUCAGCUACACACUUCAGCUGGCACAGGCCAUAG